GGGCUAAAUCAUAAAAUAUAAAAACAACUGAUAUGUCCUUGCUCCUAAAACCCUUAAAACCCUAGUGGCCUCCGCGGAUCACGGAAUCUUCGAUUCUCUUGUUUCAGCGUUUGUGCGGUUCAACGUUCAACUGAUCUUAUAUGUUCCUUAGUAAGUUAAUAUCAUCUCUAUCUUCGCUUUCUCUUAACCCUAGCACGAGAGCGACUAGGUUUCUUGUUCAGAACGCUCCAAAGCUCAUCCAACCUUUAAGAACUCGAGCCUUCUCCGGGAGCUCAGGGUUCGAUGGAUUCGGAGACGACGACAACGGUUGGGACAUCCCAACGGGAGGAGACUCGUUAGGUGGUGGUACAGGAUCAGACGAUCUUGGUUGGGACAAUAAGUCAAUGUGGUCAACUGGUUUCACCACAGAACACUUCGAUGGUGUCUCCGUUGGUCGUAAGAAGAACACAAACCCUUCUACUUCCGACAACACAUGUUCUGAUGAUACUGGUGACGUAAUGAGCAAGUUGGGACCGAGAGAAGUUGCUAUGGUCAACGAGAUGAAUGAGUAUGAUGAUUUGCUAAAAGAGAUUGAUCAAGAUAAUAAAGAGAGCAAGGCUUUUGUUGAUGGGAUUAAAAAUAGGAUGAUGGAGAUUAGCGUGUUGCUCAAGCAAGUAAGAGAGCCUGGAGCGAGAGGGGCUUAUCUUAAGGACUCUGAGAAGACUGAGAUGUAUAGGUUGCACAAAGAGAAUCCUGAGGUGUAUACCGUUGAGAGGCUUGCUAAGGAUUAUAGGGUUAUGAGGCAGCGUGUUCACGCCAUUCUUUUUCUUAAAGAAGAUGAAGAAGAAGAGGAGAGAAAGCUUGGUCGUCCCUUGGAUGAUUCCGUUGAGCGUUUGCUUGAUGAGUACCCUGAGUUCUUUGUUUCGCAUGACCGGGAGUUUCAUGUGGCCUCACUCAAGUACAACCCUGGUUUCAAGGUCAUGCCAGAAGGAUGGGAGGGUACAAUCAAAGAUAUAGAUGAAGUUCAUUAUGAGAUCUCAAAGAAAGAAGAUGACAUGCUUUAUGAAGAAUUCGUGCAAAGGUUCGAGUUCAACAAAAUGAAAUGGAGAGGAGAAGUGAAGUGUCACAAGUAUAGCAGAAGACGUUCAACAGAUGGAUGGAAAAUCACGAUUGAGAAAUUGGGACCUAGAGGAAAACGUGGAGCCGGAGGUGGCUGGAAGUUUGUGAGUCUUCCAGAUGGAUCGAGCCGGCCUCUCAACGAAAUGGAGAAGGUUUACGUUAAGCGAGAAACCCCGCGUCGUCGCCGCAAGAUCCUGGCAUGUUCCAAAGGAACUGUAUCAAAAGCCUGCAAAGCAAGGAAGUAUAUUACAAAAAGAAAAGAGAAGUAUCCUUGCACACAAGCUAGGAAGUACUUCUUUAAGAUAUGGAAGAAGAAUGUGCCACCAUAGACAUUUAAUUAAAAAAAAUAAUAAAUAU